AUGUGGAAAAUAUUAAAUGGUAUUAAAGCUUCGACGCCCAUAAAACGAAAUCUACUCGCGCAGCUAUGCAGGUUAGGAAGCACAUCAUCCACCACAGAUUAUAAAAGAGAAAUGGAAACAUUUCAAGGCGUUUAUCCGGGUAUAAUGAAAAGUCUUAACAAAUGCCCGGGACUUCACGAUAAUCCGGAUGCAAUGACGUGGGUUAAAAAGAUAAUGGAUUAUAAUUUACGAGGCGGCAAAAAGUCACGGGGUGUGAUGACGAUCUCUACUUAUGACGCACUAAGUGAGAAUAAAAAUGAUAAAAAUCUAGAGAUGGUGAAGGUGCUAGGCUGGUGUGUUGAAAUGGUGCAAGCAUAUUUCCUCAUGACUGAUGACAUCCUAGACAACUCAUUGACAAGAAGAGGUGAACCCUGCUGGUUCCUUUUACCUGAAGUCGGGAGACAAGCAGUAAAUGACUGCGGCAUACUACUGGGAAUAUUGUAUGAAAUAUUGAAGACAUAUUGCGCUGGACACAAAAACUAUCUCAAUAUGGUGCAAUUAGUAAAUGAGUCCCUUCUCUACACAUCAAUAGGCCAACACUUAGAUUACGCGACAUCUAAUAGCAAGGGCUAUAAGCUGUACACACCGGAGCGUUACAGUAACAUUGUAAAAUUCAAAACCUCUUACUACACGUUUAAGUUGCCGGUAUUUUUGGGUAUGAUGGCCUCCAAUAUUCCUGCGCGAACGCAUAGCAAGGCUGAAGAAAUAUGUUUGGCGUUGGGUUAUCUGUUUCAAAUGCAAGACGAUUUCAUGGAUGUCUUUACUGCAAAGCACGUGAUAGGCAAAUCCGGAACCGAUAUACAGGAAAGGAAGUGCUCCUGGCUGGCGGUACAGGCAUUGCAACGAGCUAAUGCGAAACAGAAGGACACUUUUACCACGUGUUAUGGAAGCCCAGAUCUCAAGAACGUGGAAAGAAUCAAGGAGCUUUACAAAGAACUAAACUUACCUGAGGUGUUCCAAAAGGAAGAAGCUAAUCUUCAUAAGAAUAUUGUGGACAUGUCGCAGGCGUUCGAUUUCCCCUCUAUGCCUGGUUUAUUCAAUCACCUGUUAAGGAUUAAUACUGACGCCCGAUCAAAAACGAGGUCAACGAACCAUGAUUAA